GGGGGGUCAGGGCCGGGAUUAGGGCGCAGAUCGCCGCCAGUGCCCGCGGCGGCUCGGCCCCCGGCUGCGGGCGGUGAAGCGGAGGAGGGAAAGGGAAACCGGGGGGGAGAAGGGCAGGGCCCCGCCCGACAGCGCCGUGCGUCUGGCCGACCAGCCCCCUGUGCGGUCUGCAGCGCGCCCGCCCGCCGGGCCCGGGUCUCCGCGCGCGCCCUCCGCGCCCCGCACCCGCGGUCGCCAGCGGCUCGCCCCCGAGGGCCAGGGCUUUCCUGCACGCCCGACCUACGGCUCAGGGCGCCGCUCUCCCCCCCGAAACGGGCCAGAGCAGCCGAGCGCCUGGGAUUCUCCUAGGGGUUUGGAAAAGCAGCUGUGAUUUCACUACCAAAGGAAAAAAUGGAAACGGGAACUUGACGCCCGCGCAACCUGGCCGCGCCCCAGCCCUCGCUCGUACGCGCUCUCCGGGGGCAGAAGGCUUCGGGGAGCUAGCUUAGGCGGGCUCCUACCCCCGCCCGUCCCCUGCCGCCCCUGGCCACCCCCUGCUGCGUCCCCCGCCCCGGCUCUAGACGCCUGGCCUGUCCUGGGGAGAGAGCGGAGCCGCGCGGACCACACAGCUCGGAGGUCUUCCUUUCGUCUUUUCAGUUUCGCAAUGUGGGUCCUGCCACCACGACGGCCCCGGCGGCGGGGCUUGGACGCGGCCCGAGCGCCAUGUACAGCGUAGAAGACCUCCUGGUCUCCCACGGCUACAAGCUGUCCAGAGAGCUGCCAGCACCGCGCAAGGAUGACGCCGAGGGGCGCCAGCCCGUGAGGCCCCGGGCGCCGGCGGGCCCCGGCCUGCUGAACGGCUGUGACGAUGGCCCUGCCGCCUCCCCACGCGGCCAGGCCUCGCUGGGGACCGGCCGCCUGAGCGAGCCCGAAAGCCGCGGCCGCGGGCCUCGGAGCCUCGGGGAGCCCCCGAGCGCUGCAGCCGCUGCGCGGAUUCCCGAGGCUGGGCUCCGCCAGCAGCCCCCGGCCGGCCGCAGCCACACCUACCGGAGGAGGGAGCAGGAGGCCCGCGAGGAGCCGGCCCGGGCCCCUAGCCCGCCCGCGCACGCCACCCAGGGGCCCUGGGAGGCUGGAGGAAGGAGCGAGGACGUGAUGAAGAAGGCACUUGGCGAGGAAGGGCUGGGACUGGCGGGUCCCGCCAGAUGGCAGAGCGUCCGCGUCGGAGGCCAGAGCCAGCCACGGAACCCGGGGGGGCAGAUACCGGCUGGCGUCGGGGAGAAGUUGUUCCAAGACCUGCACCCGUGCGUACUCGGAGGCCACGGCUUGACCUCCCAGAGCCCAGGGACAUCCCAGUCACUGCCGAGAGUUCUUUCCCCCGAGGACCUGAGCUGCGUGGAGAUUCCCAUCCCGCUGAGCGACGGGCACUUGCCGGGUGUCCCUCAGGUGUCAUUUCAGCCUCCAAACGGUGCUCGCGAUUUGGAAUCCACCAGGAACCCCGAGAAGGGCGGCUCCUUGGCCCCCUUACCCCGGCCUCGGUUUGGGAGACCGCUCAAGCCUCCAUCUUACGGCUCCCACCAACACUGCAGGGCCGGCGCGGAAAACGGCAGCUACACGGACAGCCGGCAGCCGGACUCGCCUGCUGCCCCCUCGGCCAAGGCGAACGACGCCGCCAGGCAGGAGCCGUGCGCGCCCGACCCCGGCCUGGAGCCCCCGGUGUACGUGCCUCCGCCCUCCUACCGGCCGCUCCAGGCCACCGCACCCGCCUGCCCGGGGGAGGCCCGAGGGCGGGGGCCCGAGGGCGGAGGCCGCCGCGCGCAGCGGCACCCGAUGGAGAAGGAUGCCGCUGGCGGCCAGCCCCCUUGGGGCCCCCGGGGAGCCGGGGAGGAGCGGGGGCCCGGCCCGUGGUCUCCUGUCGGGGUCCUCCCGCAGCCCCGCCCCGCCACGGCUUGUGACGGCUCCGUCCUGUACAUCCCCUUCGACGACCCACGGAUACGACACAUUAGACUCGCCCGACCCCACGGGUUCUGGGAAGACGUCAAGCUGGACGGCCCUGUCCCUGCCCCAGAGCCGGCGCCUGGAAGCCUGCAGCGGGAGGCUGCCGUUCGGGGCCCCUCGGGGAGCGAGAGCCGCCCCACCCCGGCCGAUCCCAGCGACCCCUGGCUGUGGGACCGGCUCCCCAGGGGUGGAGAAGACGGUGGCUUUGCUGACCAAAGAGACGCCUGCGUCGUCACUCGGAGUCAGCGGCCCGACGUGCGCGAAGAAAGCCUCGUCUCCUCCCCGAGCCCCCAGGGUGAGGGUACCUGCGAGACACAAACCCAGCUCAGAAAGUUCGAAGCUGGGCUGCAGACCAAGAAAAGUUCAAAGAAAAAAAUGAGCGAGACGAUAUUUUGUUUGGUUUCCAUCCCAGUUAAGUCAGAAUCACAUCUGCCAGCUACAGAUACGAACAACAAUGACUUGAAACAGAGCGCGGAUAAGAGGCCUGGGCCCGAGAAGAGCGCGGCUCUGCCAGAGCAGAGCCUGCUGAGCUUGUCCUCCACCGACCUGGAGCUGCAGGCGCUCACGGGUGGCAUGACCGGGAGGACGGAGCUCUGGGAACCAGACCUGGGGGGCCCCGGAGGAGACCAGCCAACCCACGGCCCCAGGUUCCCACAGCCUGCAAAGCACCCAGCGCUCGUGUGUCCUGGCUCGUGGCCUGGGCAGCAGUACAGAGACCAGCAGACGCAGACCAGCUUCGCCCAGGAAUCCCAAAGCCUGCGGCCCCUCCCCGGGGAGAUGCGGGGAGGGUCCCCCGACGCCGCGCUGCCUCCAAGAUGUUUGGACGCCUUCGGGGUUCAGAUGCACGUGGCAUUGGCGUCCAGUGACCAGAGCCAGAGGCCCGGGGCUCCUUCCCCGAAAGGCCAAGGGGGGCCCCUCAGCCCGUGCAGCGGCAGCGCCUUCUCAGGGUCUUCCUCGUCCAGGAACCAGGCCCCCAGCCCGGGUGAGCCACGCGUGGACGGCCGUGGCCGCGGAGGCAGCCCGGUGCCCAGGGCCGAGGUGGUGAAGGGGGCGACCACAGGCCCCUGCAACAGUAGACAGCCGUUCGGGCAGUUCCUCCUGAAGCCCGUUAGCCGCCGCCCCUGGGACUUGAUCAGCCAGUUGGAAAGUUUCAACAAGGAGCUUCAGGAGGAGGAAGGGAGCAGGGACGGCGGUGGCGACGGCAGCGGCAGCGAGGACAGUGAGACAGAGCCGCCCUGGGGAGGCCGUGCCCAGCCCGCGCCCGAGCGCCCAGACCUCCCGGAGGGCAGGGCACCCGAGGACCCGGGGCCCAGGCCGGGCAGCGUCAAGGGCAAGCCCGAGAGCUGGGGCGAGGGGGCGAGGCCUCGGUCCCCCGGGCCCCGGCAGGCAGAAGGCAGCGGACGCCGCGCGGGGCCGUCGCCCCCCGGGAGCUGGAUGGCGGAGGAGGGGGACCGGGAGGUCGAGGCCGGGGUGCCCGAGCCGGCCGUCAGCCCGAGGCCUGCGAGACGAGCAGCGUCUUCCGGGCCGAGCGAUGCCGGAGCGGGGCCCCCGCGCGAUCCAGCGGAACCGAGGGCGCCCCUGCCGAGUCGGGAGCUCCGCGACGGGCUCGCUGCUGCGGAGCUGAGCGCAGCCAGCGCACCCACGGCGGGCGGUGGGGAGCAGGGGGCCACGGGGGCCCCCCUCUCUCUGGCUGGCAAACCCCGAGGCCUGUCGGCGCCAGACUUGAGGUCUGUGGGGCUGAUGCCGGGGCAGGAGCAGAGCGCCGGCCAGUUAGCGGGGUCUCCGGGGGAAGCCAGUGCAGUAGAAAUACCCCCAAACGAGUCUCUCCAAGCCAGGGCUGCCAGGAUCCUGGGCAUCGAGGUGGCCGUGGAGUCCCUGCUGCCAGGCGCCCGAAGGACAGGGCAGAGCCAAGACCCCGAGCCCGACGGAGGUGCCCGCAGGCUUGAGGCCCCCAGGCAGGAGGCAGCGGUCGGCCCAGCCCAGCGGUGUGACCCCGCCGCGUCCGCCGACGCCUUCUACAGCAGGAGGAGGUGCGGCUGGACCGAAAGCCCGCUGUUUGUGGGAGAAGGGGCCAGCGCCCGGCAGGCUCCCCGGGCCUCCGAGCACGCGGGCGUGGACGGGGCUGUCCCCAGCAAGGCCCCUGAGCCUCAGCCCCGCCCCCAGGAGUGCCAGCCCUUCCAUCCCAAGGACGUGGAGACAAAGCCACCCUUCAGGUCCACCUUGUUCCAUUUUAUAGAAAGGACCCCACAUUUGGCAGCCUCAGAGAAGAGGCUCCGAAGCACGUCCAAAGUGAUUGAAAGUUUACAGGAGAAACUGGCGUCCCCCCCGCGGAGGGCAGACCCCGACCGCCUGAUGAGGAUGAAGGAGGUGAGCUCUGUGUCUCGGUUGAGGCUCCUGACCUCGCGGGGCGCGGACGCCGCGGAGGAGGCCGAGGAGCUGAAGGCCGAGAGAGGCCCCGGGGCGCGGCCGGGAGGCCCGGGGCCUCUGAGCGCCAGGCACAAGCUCUCUGACCCUAGGGGUGCCCUCCCGCUGGAGGAAGACGGGCAUCCGACAGCACAAAGGGAGGAGAACGGCGGUCAGGACUUCUGGUGCCCAGGUGAGGAUCGGGCAGGCGGGCGGGCGCGUUCAGUGUUCAUUUGACGUCCCGAGAGCAUCAGAACACAAGACUCGUACGACCCUAGCAGGGUGGAGAGGGUGUGAUGAUGCACCAGUGGGGUGCGGGGCUGUGUCAUCUGCUAACGGAGUGAUCUCCGAGCUGGCCUCAGCCCCGCCGCCCAGGAGGAAGCUGGGACCCUCGCUGUGAUAUCCUGUCCCCACUGCCGCCAGGAAACUCAUCAGCCCUAAAGAGUCACUCUGUGGAAGUAAAGCAGUAGUCCGUUGAAACAAUCUGUUUUUAUAGCACGAAGAGUUAGUACCUAUAUUUAGAAAAGAGUCACAAAGACCCUCCUUAAUGAUGGGUUUAGCCAAGCUGGUAGAGAGUUUGGUGUUAAUCUGGCUGUAUGUGAAAACUCAAAUGUGGAUGAUAUGAUGAAUGAUUUUAAAAGGACCGUGAAUGUCGCAAAUCCCCCUUCGCUUCCCCGUGGCCUGCGGUCCACGCUCAUGUCACGGAGUUUGGGAUGUAGGCCAUUGCUAGUGUGUCAGCACUUUGAGUUCUGGGGAAAUGUGAACGCAUAUGUAUGAUCCAUUUCUCAUCAGUCUGGCCUUCUGCUGAAGUCACUUUACGUAUAAGUAACUUGCCAUCAGAGAAUAAAGCUGUAGCUUUUAAGUUCCCAAAAGAUUAAAACUUGUACCAUAAUGAACUAAUAAGAGUGUUAUUUAUCUGGCAAUGAGAUACUUUGAUCGUUUGCAAACAUGAUGUUGUCUGCUUUGCACUCAGUAUUAUCUAUUUUUAUUUCCUGUAUGGAUGUUUAGAAAUUCUUUAUAUGAAAAAUAAUUGCUGGUUUAAAAUAGACCAUUUUAACAAAGUAACUAUAUUUCUUUUUACAAAAAUGCUAUUUUUCUAUGAUGUAAACAAUUGUUAGGUGGCAGAUUUUUAAGGAAGUUUAUUGUAUUUAAGAGUCUGUAUCCCUUUGUGUGAGAGGAACCCAAAGAGGGUUCACAUUUGCUUUAAAGCAUAUAGCCCUUACCCGUUCACAACUCUGCUACUUUUAGUUUAUCUUAGAGAGAGAUGUCAAUAUAGGCAUUUUUCAGGGUUAAUAAAAUUAACUUUUCACAAAGAUUUUUUUACAAAUAGAGCUGUACGGUUAUAUUUGGAAAUAACCCUCUUAAAACCAGCCAACAUCCUUAUGACAAAUUUUUGCUGCCAUAUCCACUAGAAUUACCAAAAAACAUAGUUUCAUCUUUGUACGUCUGUGGGGAUCCGCCCUGAGACCAUACUUCCCCUCUUCCCACCCCGCCCCUUUAAAGAAAUAUGUAUUUUUAUCUAGAAUCAUCCUUAAUUAGCGUCUGCAUAGUUUUCAAAAGUGCUAGAGACAUUAUAUGUAUGCCAUUACAAAAGUAUUAUGAGGCCUAUGUAUUCUACUGUUUACUAUUGCAUUAACCUGCACAAAGUUUAUGCAUUUUUUUAUGCAUUUGUCACUUCUUUCUAAGUCGGGCGUUCUUGUGAGCUAACAUUUCCUGAAUGGUUUCUUGUCUCCUCCCUCCCUCCUUUUCCUCUCCUUUUUUUUUUUUUUUUUUCUUUCUUCUUUCCUUCUCUCUCUCUCUUUUUCAGAAACCACCUUAUCUAUUUUUAGGCAUUUCAAAUUCCUAAAAUGUGAACUAUUGGGUGGUCUGCAGUUUGGCCCUAAAAUGACUCUGGGCUUUCAUGGCCUGUUUUUAUCUGUACCUUAUGAUUUUAUUUCAUCAGAACUUCAUGUAUUUGGAUGGUAAUAAACAACACAGAAUCCAA